CUCUUUCUUCUUCUUCUUCUUCUUUGUUCUUCAAGUAAGUUGUAAAGAACUGUAGAGAUGUCUAUUGGUGCCAUUGAAUGGAUUUCAUCACGUAGCGGCGUCUGCUAUAUGAGAAGGCAACGGUCAAAGAGAUGUAGGGUUCAAGUUCAGAGAUUUAUUAGGUCUAGCAGGAGGAGAAGAUUUGAAGAAGAAGGUGUUGGGGAGGACAUGGAACUAAAGAAUUUGAAGUUGUAUAUGGAGAACAUCAGUAUUCUAGAAGAGAAUGAAAAAUUGAGGAAGAAGGCUACCAUCCUCUACCAAGAGAACCUUGCUUUGAUGUCUGAGGUUCAAAAGAAAUUCUCUCGGUUCGACUGUGUCUCAAACACCCUUUCCUAGUUCUGAUAAACAAUAGUAUGAUGAGGAACAUAAAUUUCCUCCAUUUGCACCUUUUGUUUUAGUUCUUUAGCAUCUAUCUUUCCCUCCCUCUUUUGUUGGGCUGCAAUAAGAAAAAAUGGGGUUUUUUGUAUUUUAUGGGGCAAUAUUUGUUGUAUGAAAAAAGGAAUUUUAUUUGAAAACGAGGAUUAGAUGUUGUAUUCAACCUUGUCCUUUUAGUGGAGGGGAAGAGCGGG